AAACGAUUCAAAACAAAAAUGGCGAUUUAUUAGACGACGACAACAUAGAAAUACAUAAAAUGUCUUUACGUUAGAGUUGUUCAUUAAGUAGACCAUUCAUUUAUCAUUUUCACACUUAGUAAAUCUAUUAUAAUGCUUGAUCUUGAGGUAGUUCCAGAAAGAUCACUCGGAAACGAACAAUGGGAGUUUGUUUUGGGAAUGCCUUUUUAUCAAGCAGUUGCUAUACUGAGACGCCAGGACAGACAGAUAAAGGGAGUGCAGGUGUGGUACAGUCACCAGUACCCCCUACAAAUGGACCUUGUACUGAAUCUAUCACAUGACGGAAUCCGUUUGGUGUUUGAUCCUGUGUCACAAAGACUCAAGAUCAUAGAAGUUAAUAACAUGAGCAAAGUGAAACUAAAGUAUUGUGGGGUCCACUUUAACUCACCACAGGUACAACCAACCAUUGAACAAGUGGACCAGUCAUUUGGGGCCACACAUCCAGGAGUAUACAACUCAGAAAAACAGUUAUUUGUGCUGAACUUUAGAGGGCUUUCAUUUGAUUUUCCAAUAGAAUCCAAAUUUGAGCCAAAGUAUGCACAUGGCCUGGGGUCCUUGCAGUUCCCUAACGGGUCCUCUCCAGUGGUAUCCAGGAUGUGUCUGUACACAGGAAGCAGUAUGGUGGACACUAAGCCUCCACCUCUUCCUGUUUUAUGUUUCCAUGGAAACUGUUUUGCUGAUUGCAUUGAAGUGUUACGUGAUCACAAUGUAACUAAAGGACUCAAGUUCAUUCUUAUCACGGAAGGAAAUGGUCCUGGAAAAGUUUUGGAUCCAAAGAAAAAAGUUGUUGAGAGAAUCGUCAGGUUUGGAGAUUCAAGCCAGGAUGUAGUUACAGCUUUAGGGAGCCCCUGUAAGGUGUUCUACAAAGCUGAUGAUAAAAUGAAGAUACACUCUCCCGCCUCUCGUCAUCACCUUCGCUCUCCAAGCUCCGACUAUUUCUACAAUUAUUUCACGCUGGGCAUCGAUAUCUUAUUUGAUGCCAGCACUCACAAAGUUAGGAAGUUCAUUCUGCACUCCAAUUACCCAGGGCAUUAUAACUUUAAUAUGUACUGUCGCUGUGAGUUUAAGAUCCCUGUGUGUGUGGAAGUCACCAAAUCCAAGAAGAAAAAGAAGAGUCAGACAGAGGAUGAAGAGGUCAUCAUCACGUCAUAUUCCAAGUGGGACACCAUACAAGAUUUUUUGAUCAAACCAGAACAACAGCCAGUUAUCCUAAACCGCUCUUCUUCAACCAACACCAGUAACCCAUUUGGGUCUACCUUCUGUUUUAGUGUCCAGGACAUGAUCUUUGAGGUUAUGCAGAACCAGCACGUUGCCUCGGUGACAAUAUAUCAACCAAAGGUCAAAGUCAAACUUGAUCCAUCUUGAUGACAACAUUGGAAUAGGACCAUUCAGCAGGACAGCUAAAGUCAAAUUGUAGCAGGAAAUCUAUCAUUUAUCACAACAUGGAAAGUUUCUUGUGAUAUAAGGGAUUUUUAUUGCCCCCUGCAAACAAAGUCUUUGUAUACUAGAAUCACAGAGUCUCUCUGUCUUCAGAUAUUAUUUUGUCAGAAGAUUUGGUCUGACUUUUGAUAAACAACCCCCCCCCUUUCCCCCAAAUAAAUUGAAGAAUUUUUUAAUAAUAUGUUUACCUGUGCAUGUGAUAUUUUUAGACUGAUUUUUAUGAUUUGAGAAUAUGAUGGUUAUUUCAAGAUUCACUUUUUAAAUUUUCUGUUCAUUUUAGGAAUACUGCCAUGUCAUUGCAACAUACAAGAGCUGAGGUGCUCAGCCCAAGGUCAUUUUGACAAUGUCAUGGUCACUUGAGAAAAACUAAUAUAAUUCAUGUAUGAACCUUAAAUCUAAAGAAGUUCUAGACAGUCACACUUAACACAAAGGAUGCUUUACUUUGAGAAUUGUAAUCUAAAAUUAUUUGGACAAUGUAUUUGUCACUUCGAGAAUAAUGUAUACAGUCAAACAUUGUUUUAUCUUGAUCUCAAUGGUGUCAAGAAUAAACUUCAAGGUAUCCGGGGUUCAAGAUAUUGAGGGUAAAAUACAUAAAGAAAAUGUAGUUAGGACUUCCAACUCACUUCGACAUAUCCAUGGUAUUUGAGAUAUCAGUAUUCAAGAUAUCGAAGUUCAUUUAUAAUUCUUGUUUAGGUCAUAUCUUUACAACAAAGAUGUUCAUAUGUGACAUGAAGUUUGAUGAUAACCCAAGGUCAUUUUGAUAAUGAUAAGGUCACUAGGAAUAAAAAUAGAAAAAUUCUUGUCUAUGGAGCAGAAAACCUUUGGACAUUCACACUGAACCCAAGGGUUGGCUACAAUGACCUGUGGUGUUUCAUGAUCUGAAUCAUCUAGACAAUUUUAAGGCAAUACCAGUUCAUCAGACUCAUUAUUUCGCAUGGAUUUUAGAGUUCAUACAAGCAGGGUAGUGAAAUAUACAGUCUUUUAAACGUGGAGCAGUUUGAGUGUGUCCCAUGGGGGAAGAGGGGGGUGGGUGGGGGGGGGGGGGGGAGGUAUUAGUCCUGUUAGAACAUUGUCAGUUACAUUGUAACUGUGAAAUACAGUUGGUGGUUAUGAAAUUGCUCUUUAUUAGAUAGAUCUAAUGUUGUAUAUAAAUUUACUCCUGUUUCGAUGUAAAUGUAACUUAACAACAUGCUGUAUGUGUAUCCACAUCUCGAAAGCUGAAAACUAAUUGUUCUCAAUGAUCUCAGUGAUGUCGCUGGCAAUUGUAACAUUCUGUUAAGUCCUUUUAGUCAUGCGACUUUUUUUUUCAUUUUAAUCAUGAAGUCUGCAAGGUUGAAAAAAUGCCAGGUUACAUUGAUCAGUGGUCAAUUUCACGCAAAUUUCUUAUGACUAACAUAAAAAUCUAAAGUCUCUAUCAUUUCCCUAUAAUUUAUUGCAUGCAAAUUUCUAAAUGAGAAAAGAAAGUAAACCUACUGGGAAUAGUACACAUAUUUGCAUUUUUAUUUAAGAGUGAGGUUCAAGUGACUGUUAAGCACCAAGAAUUUUUUUUAUGUUAAUUAAUGGUCAGAUAUUUUGUGAACAGGGCCACUGGUUGUCUGGUAGUCAGAUCAGUCAGUAGUUGUAGGGGUACAAGACAGGGCUGUGUUUAGUAAGCUUCAACCAAAUAAUGCUAGUUUAUCAUGAGGGAUGCAAGCAACAUGCGUGACUUGUAAUAUUUCUAACUGGGGUUAUCUCCCCAUGUUGUUUCAGUAAAAAAGGAUCAUCUGAUUAUAAAUAUGAAUUUUAAAAAAAAAAAAAUUGUUAUGGUUUUCUUUUCUUUUGUAAAUGAAUAUAUGGACAAUAUAUUACAUAUGCCUUCAGUCUCUGAAAAUGGUGCCAUAUGAGAUUAAAUUUGUUUGUUGCAUCAGCAUUUGUUUUGGGGGCAUUAAUUCAUCUGAAUUUUUUUGUUUAAGAAAUGAUUAGGACAAACACUGUUUAAUGAAUAGAGAAAAUUCAAAUUAACUUGAUAUUAUGCACACAUAUUCACUGAGAUAUACUGGAAAUUAAAUCUGUACAAAUCUUUUUAUGUAAGUAUACAUUUCCUUGUCCAAGCUCUUGAUAUGUUGAAUCUGUGCCUUGUAUUGUGUAUUUGAGCAUUUUUAUAUGAUGACAUGUUUAUAUUAUUUUGAAAACUUCUGAUACAUGUAUGUAAGUUAUAAUAUCACAUAUGUUUUUUUCUAAUUGCAUUAAAAUGUUUCAUUGUCCACAAAAAUUCCCAGCUUUGAACAAUCACACCAGUACGCAUUGUGUGUAGACAUACAAAGUGACAAGUACAAGAUUGAACUAGAAGUCAGUAGAAAAAUUUAAUCUGAGCGGUAGACUUGUGCUUUUUGCAGAUUUCCCUGGCGUUGGUAAGCCAUGUGAGUGUGAUUUAAGUGUAGAACCAGCUAUGUGUAUAAGGAGGACUGAUUUUACACUGUUUCUGUGAUAUAUUUUAUCGGUUUCAGUCGAGAACCUUGUUGACAUGUUUUUUCUCCAGUGAAUUCCACAUGAUACUGUACAUAGACUUAUCAUAUUGCUCUACAUUAUUAUGUACUUUGUGUAUUCAGCAUGUAAUCAAAUAAGUACUGUAAAGAUAACUUGAUUAGAUUUUUUAAAGUAUUGUAUAGUAUGUUGCUGCAGUUAAACCAUUGUUGUUUUUAUUGUAUAUUUCACCUGACUGUAAAUGACGAUGCAACAUACAUUUUAUUUGGUAUGUAUUGUAGUGUUAUAUUUAGUCAUUUGUUUAUGGGUUAUCAACACAGAAAAAUUUGUAUCUCAGGGUUUCGUUUGUCCGUUUCAUGUUUUUGCCCCAAAUUUCUGGAUAUUAUUCAGGAAGUGCAGUCAGAAUUUGAUUUCAAUAAAUUGACAGUAAGAGAAGCGUUUUGUGUGUAUGGAGUGCUCAAAUAUUUAUUCUGUACACAUGUGUACCCAUGUGUAAUCUUGCGUAGUUUUUGUUGACUGAAGUGACUCGCCCUGGUUAUGGGUUCAUUCAUUUUUAUGUGGACGAGGACUGUGGGAGUGAUUUAGACUUUUAUUGAAGCCUGUGAAAGCGUUGGACUCUGUGAUAUGGUUUAAACAAAGUUCACAUUCCUCUCAGUGUGGAACAGCAGGAAUAAUGUUACUUCAAUUUUUAGUGGUGAUUCCAAAAAGUAUACGAUCGUAUCUAGUGAAAUAUAAAUGUUUUUGUAUACUGUGUGUUUUGCAUUUAGCCAUUUGCAGGAAAUGUUUAUGAAAAAUUUCUAGUGAUGAAGUCUUAUCUGUAUUCAAACAAAGUUUUGAAAUCUUUAGCAUUAAUUUCAACGAAACAAAAUAUCUUUUUAAAGAGGUGGCAGUCAGUAAUAAGAUAUACAUAUCAUUUGAUCUAACUAAAAUUAAUAUCAGAGGAAUGAUCAUAUUUGUGGUGUUUUUGUAGUGUGAGCAGGGAUAUUGAAGCUGUUUUUGAAGCGGUUUUUAAUGAUUGUGUGAAAUGAAGGAAUACUCCAGACAGAAUUUAUGAAAAUUCAAUACCGUAUAAGCAUAAUUUUUAGUGAGGAUUUAAUUUUGGCAUUAUUAGAGUGGGUGUUGAGAUCGCUAAAUUAAAUAUUGCUAACAAUUCAUUCCGUAUCAGAGGUAAUAGUUAUCUUUCUUCUGAAUGAUAAAGUUGCUAUAAUUAGCUCUCGCUAAAUAUAGAUACCAAUCACUGAAAUUGUGUCUUGCUAAAAAUUCCACUUAUACAGUAAUUAAAGGAAAUUCAACAUACUUCUUGCUGGGAAAUUUUUACCUCCAUUUCAUUUUCCUCUUUUGACCUUCAUCCUAAAAGGGCGAAAUUUAGAUGAACUAACAAUAAAGUAUUAAAUGAUAAAUGGCUUUGCAAAAUUCAACAGGAGACAAAAUUUGUAUCUUGGCAAAAAUAAUGGGGCAAAACUUUCCCAGUAUUCAGUAGUUCCUAUGUAUAUUCCUUGCCUGCAUCUGAUGCAUAACAAAACUUUCCCAGCAUUCAGUAGUUCCCAUUCUAUAUUCCUUGCCUGCAUCUGAUGCAUAAAUGAUAUAGAUUAGAUUUGAAAAUAAUAAUUGAACUACAAGUCAUUUAUUUCCUAUACAACUCUUGUAGUUACAAUUAGGAUCGAGAAUUUCCUAGCUCUUGUAGAUAAAAAUUUAGUAACCAUUGAUUGUACCCGACACAAAAUUAGAGGUGGUCCUAAUGAUAUUUGCUCACUUCAUUUCUUCUUUUAUGGAGAAACUAGUCUUAUGGCUAAUGGAAUGUUGCUAGAUUUCCUUGUUGAAGUAUGCUACCCUCCUUGAAGACGAGAAAUUGUUGUAAUAUGAAAAUUUCGGUCCAAAUGAAAGCUUUGUAUAAAUGAUUGGUAGAGUGAUAGAUGUUUUUAAUAUGUUUUAUUUGAACGUGAACUGAUACAUAAUGGUAGAGAAAUAUUUUUGAAUAUUUCCAUAUUUUGUUUUUGUGAUAUUGAUUUUGUUGUUCUUGUGUUUAGUAGACCUAUCAGAGAUACAGGAAAUACAAAAAUGGACAUUGCACAGUAUUUCUCGUAAAUUACACACCACCAGAGGGAGCUGAUGUCGUCCUGUUAUUAGGCUGCUAUGUGUGGAGGGUAGCGAUGCUUCAGAUGUUAGCUGCAUUUAUUGUUGCUGGUUCAUUCUGAAUGAAUCCGAGAUUUACGUCCCGGGACGAAUCGAGUGUCUUUGUUUAUGCUCAGUGUUGCAACAAGAGUUGUCAACUGUAUUGAGUAGGUCAAUUAUAGUAAAAUACAAAUACUAUGGAUUCUUUAUAUUACACAAAUACUUAAUUUGGAAAAAUCUUUGUUCUGUACUUUCAGUUUGCCAGGAUGUAAAAUCAUUUAAUCGAUAUAAUCUGAGGGACUCGAAAAGCAAGACUUGAUUUUCUGAGAGUGGCUUCUUGUGAAAUAAUUGGGAUAUUAAUUAAUUAUUAUCAUAAGGAACCUCUUUAGAAUAUUUUAUUAGAAUUCUGUGUUAUUAGCUAUUUCAACAUUCUGGACUAUGAAGACCAUUGUUUUACUGAGGGAUGAGGUCAUGUGGUGUAAGAAUUUCCUCAGCGCUGUAUUUUUUGUUUCUACUGUAAACUGUAUUUGCUUAUGUGUUCAAUAACGGAGGCUUGUGCAGUAAUUUAUUUUAAUAAACUAUGCAAAUUCA